AUGCCAUAUAACACAACGAAAGACACAAAAAUCACAGCAUACUCAGAUGCAGACUUCGCCAAUGAUGACCAAACAAGAAAAUCAUUCUCAGGAACAAUAGUCACACUCAAUGACUUCACGGUUUACUGGCAAGCAAAACAACAACCGAUCGUUGCGAAGAGCACAUGCGAGGCUGAAUACAUUGCCGCAGCAGAAACUGCAACACAUGCCAUCUGGCUUCGCAACACGUUGACAGAAAUAGGCAUUUACACAACAGAACUUCCCCUUUGCAUAGACAACACAGCAGCUGAGCACAUAGCUAGGCAAAAAGCACCAACCAAACGAAGAAAGUGUAUCGACAUACGAUAUCAUUACUCGCAGGAUGUCACACAAAACCAAACGGUAGCAGUGCAGCGCAUAGGCAGCAAAGACAUGCCUGCCGAUAUCAUGACGAAACCCGUCAAAGCACCACUGUACCACAAGCACCGCCAACACCUCGGUGUAAUCAUGCGACCACCACCGACAGCGGCAUCUUGA